UAUUGUACAUUUUUAAUAGGGGGACAAUUUUCACGCACUCAGUAGCGUGGCAGCAGUUAUUAGUGCAGNAAAAAAAAACCAAACAGGGAAUAAAGUGACCAGCAUGAAUCGGUUGCUGCUGAAUUUCCCUGCUCCCUUUCUUCUGAUGGUCUUGUCCACCACCACCAUCAUCAUAAGCACCGCCUUGGUGGACUCCACCAGCAUCAGCAGCUCCUUCAAGAGCCAAAGCCUUCAUCAACAGCAUGGAGAAAGACAGUCAGCAAUGGACCCAGACUGGUGGCAUUCCACUGCCAUGUACCAAAUUUACCCGCGCAGCUUCAAGGACUCGGACGGGGACGGGAUCGGUGACCUCAGAGGGAUUCUCUCGGAAGUGGAUCACAUGGCGAACCUGGGUGUUGAGACGAUUUGGCUGUCACCGGUAUACAGGUCACCCAUGGCGGAUUUCGGCUACGACAUCUCCGACUUCCGGGACGUUGACCCGAUCUUCGGAACACUGGAUGACCUCAGAGACCUGCUCGAUGCAGUUCACGAACGAGGCGAGCCGAUUUAUUAUUCCCGUAUGCGACUGUUGAUGGACCUGGUGCCAAAUCAUUCCAGUGACGAACACGAAUGGUUUGUGAAAAGUGUGCAAAGAAUCGACCCUUUCACGGAUUACUAUGUUUGGGUGGAUCCAAAAGGAUUUGACGACAAUGGGGAUCCGAUCCCACCAUCAAAUUGGGACAUAGUGACCUUUUGGCUGGAAUUCGGAGUGGACGGGUUCAGGUGCGACGCAGUGGCGCAAAUCGGGGAAGUGAAUGACUACUACUUGGAUGAACCACUUUCAGAGAAUCCCUGGGAAACAGACCCUGAAAACUAUGGAUACCUCCAACACAUCUACACUUCGAAUCAUCCCCAAACAUUCCAAGUGCUGCGCAACAUCCGGAUGCGAAUGGACGAAUUCGUCGCGGAGACCGGAACCGAAACCAAAUUCAUGAUUGCUGAAAUUUACGAAAACAUCACGACUUCGCUGUUGUACUACGGCACUGAGGAAGAGCCAAUUGCACACUUGCCCUUCAAUUUCCGCUUCGUCUUCGAUGGGGAGCUGAACGGAGACGUGGUUCGUGGGAUUGUGCAACCCUGGUUGGACGCGCUGCCGGAUUGGAAUCCUCACACCAACUGGGUGGUGAGCCUCAAAUAC